UGUGGACUGGUCUAUGUUACUGAGACGCUCUUGAAAUACGAACAUGGAAACUGUCAAACAUGUGUUUCUCUUCAGUGGCAAAAGAAAGUCUGGCAAAGAUUAUAUAUCAGAUCGGUUACAGAAAAGGCUUGGUCUGGAUGUUUGUCUUAUACUGAGAUUAUCAGGACCUCUAAAAGAACAAUAUGCUAAGGAUCAUGGAUUAGAUUAUCAGGAACUUCUCAAUGCAUCUUCCUACAAAGAAGCACAUAGAGCAAAGAUGAUCAAAUGGGGUGAAGAUAUGAGGGAGGCCAACCCAUACUUUUUCUGUCAGAAAACUGUAGAAAGCGCAGCCCCAGGUGUCCCAGUGUGGAUCGUCUCUGAUGCUCGCAGAUUGUCUGAUGUGAAUUUCUUUAAAGAAAAAUAUCCCAGUCAGCUCAAAUUGGUCAGAAUAACUGCAUCAGAGGAUAUUAGGAAAGAAAGAGGUUUUAUUUUUACAAAGGGUAUAGAUGAUGCAGAAUCGGAGUGUGGUUUAGACGAAGGUGUUAAUUGGGACAUUACAAUUGACAACAGUGGAGACGAAAGCCUUCUUGAUCAAAAUAUCAGCAGCCUAGUUUCACUUGUACAAACUCAACGUGAUGAUACCUUUAAAUGAUUAUACAUGUACAAGAUAAGAUAUCUUAAAGUAAGAUACCAGUUAUUUAGUGCUUGCAAUGGAUUACCUUUUUUGACAUUCUUGACAGAUUUAUGAAGCCGUUGAUAUUAAAAAAUAAUACAAUUUAUGUCUCACUCUGGCAGAACGGUUUCGAUCUUAGAACUUUCAGAUUGCAACAUUCCAAAGACUGAAUGGUCCAAGUGAUCACCUUGCCAUGUUUGUUUGUUAACAUCCUCUAGCAGAAUGGAAAUGAAAUGUAAGACAUGUUACCACUUUAUGAACUUGGACAAGGGAGGGAACAGAUCACGUAGUCUUAAUGAUUCAUGGUGGUGUUUCUUUGAGACUCAAAGUGAUUCAAAGUGGUUCUGCAUGCAAGAGGGUGAUUUUAAAUGUU